CAUCAUCCCUUGCGCAAAUGUCAACUCUGACCGAAUGUUUAUUUUCAAUUGUGCAUGUUUUGCUUUAGUGUCUGAAGUUGAUUUUUCGAUCGGCAAAUUUUUCAACAAACGAAUAUAAGUGCGGUACGGAGGAGCAAUGUCGAAACGUACCGCUACAGUGGUCGCCGAGGAGGACAACUACCUGGACGAUCUGGUGCAGGACCAGCAGAGUAAUCGGCCGUCCACCAGCAAACACACGCUCGAUUCCGAUGAGGACGACAGCGGCGAAGACGAAGCUCAGUACAAUGUUCUGAAUGAUAACGAAAUCGAGGGAGAAGAGGAAGGUAUCGCCAGAGUGGACGGUGAGAUGAAGUUCACUCCUUUCAACAUGAAAGAGGAGAUGGAGGAGGGACACUUCGAUGCGGAUGGGCAUUACUUGUGGAAGAAGGGAGCCGAGAUUCGCGACAAUUGGCUGGAUAACAUUGAUUGGGUGAAGAUCAAAAACGAUCCCGAUUACAAGGAUAAAAAAGGUGAAGGUGAAGUCAGAGGGCUGGGUGAAUCGGACUCGGAGGACGAGGAAGAUGAAAAGAGCAAACGGGUUGACUCGUGUACAAUUUAUCGAAACAUUCUGGAGAUGAUGGAACCAAAGGAAACGAUCAAGAAAGCGCUCCAGAGGAUUGGCAAAAAGAACGCCAAAUUAACCACGGCUCAGCGCUGGAAGAUGAAGAAGGCUGGCACAUUGGACGAUUCAAGCGAGAAAGUUACUCGAUUGACUGAACUUGCAAAUGAGAUACUCACUCGGGAGGGUAAUAUGGACAUUUACGAGGAAACGUAUGAAAUGGUUCAAAAGAAGAUAACCGAGGGAUCCGCUGCUACGAAAGAUGAAUUGGAUAUGUAUGCGGAUGAUUUUGACCACAAGGAGAAAGGAAAGCUGAAGGAAGUUAGAUUUGAUGAAGCUUCCGAUGCGAAACCAUCCACCUCGAGAGUCCGAGAGGAGAAUGACGACAGUUCUGUUCUGAUGUGGGAAUAUAAAGAGCAGCAGGAUGGUACGGAAAUUCACGGUCCAUUUACCACCGAACAAAUGCAUAAAUAUGCGGAAGAAGGUCGGUUUAAGAAUGGAGCAUUUGUUAGGAAAGUAGGUAACACUGACACACGAUUCUAUUCCGCGGCGAGGAUCGAUUUUGAACUGUACUUGUAAAAGAAUAAAUUAAAUAAUAAAUUGAAAAGUAAAGUUAUUGU